AUGCGGAACCUUUGGUGGGGAAUCUGUUCCUGUCCGGACCCGAUAUGAUGUUGCCCUGACAUUCUCUCUCGUGAGCGAAAUGGAAACUCAAUGCCGGUAGAACCUGUCCUUUUAAACUAACAAAACAAAUAAUUCUGGUACAUGUUUUUGUUCUUUUAUGUCGACACACGUCCAUUAAAACCGGCACAAAGUAUUGUGAGUUACGUUAGCGGUUAAAGGAGAGCAGCAGCGGUAACGUAGCUGUUAGCCUGUCAAGGUAGCGACUCCCAGAUCAAAACGCUAUUUUACAGAAAAUAAGCAAAUAUGUUUGACAUCAUUGGGGAAUUACCUGUGGAAAAACAGAUAUUUUAUGCUGUUUUGGUGUUUUCGGCGUUGGUCCAUCUAUGGGAGGACUAUCUUGCACACAGACAGCGAAAGGUAUACAGGUCAAUCACUCAUGUACCUCAAGAGCUCAUAAAGAUUAUAGAUUCCGAAACAUUUGAGAAGUCCCGACUUUAUCAGCUGGAUAAAAGCAACUUCAGCUUUUGGUCCGGACUCUAUUCUGAAACAGAAGGAACGCUGAUCCUGCUCCUGGGUGGAAUCCCUUUUCUGUGGGACGUAGCCGGCACUGUCACAAAGCACUUCGGAUUUGGCCUGGAGUAUGAAAUUACGCAUUCGCUUGUCUUUUUGACUCUCGCCACCCUGUUCAGUGCCUUAACUGGCCUUCCCUGGAGUGUGUACAACACUUUUGUCAUUGAGGAGAAACAUGGAUUUAACCAGCAGACGCUAGGGUUCUUCAUCAAAGAUGCCGUGAAGAAGUUUGCGGUGACUCAGUGCAUCCUGCUGCCUGUGACGUCCCUGCUCUUGUACAUCAUCAAGAUCGGGGGGGAAUACUUCUUUAUCUACGCCUGGCUCUUCACUCUGGCUGUUUCUCUGGUCCUGGUCACCAUCUACGCCGAUUACAUUGCUCCGCUGUUUGACAAAUUCACUCCUUUGCCAGAAGGAGAGCUCAAGUCAGACAUUGAGGCCAUGGCCAAAAGUAUAGACUUCCCACUCACUAAGGUCUAUGUCGUUGAAGGUUCCAAGCGCUCUUCACACAGCAACGCAUACUUUUACGGUUUCUUUAAGAACAAACGCAUCGUGCUCUUCGACACCCUGCUGGAGGACUAUUCCCCCCUCAACAAGGCUGACGAGACCAAAACAGAGCAGGCACACGGCGAGGAAGCUCACAGUGAACCCAAAGUCAAGCCUAAGAACAAGAAACAAGGAUGCAACAACCCAGAGAUCCUGGCUGUUUUGGGUCAUGAGCUGGGUCACUGGAAGCUCGGUCAUACAGUCAAGAACAUCGUCAUCAGUCAGAUGAAUUCCUUCCUGUGCUUCUCCCUGUUUGCUGCUCUUAUUGGACGUAAGGAGUUGUUUGUGGCAUUUGGCUUCAAUGACAGCCAGCCCACACUCAUCGGCUUGAUGAUUAUCUUCCAGUUCAUCUUUGCUCCAUACAAUGAGCUCCUGUCUUUCUGUCUGACCAUCCUGAGUCGCCGGUUCGAGUUCCAGGCCGACGCUUUUGCGCGCAACAUGGGCAAAGCCUCCGAGCUCUCCUCAGCCCUCAUCAAGCUGAACAAGGACAACUUGGGCUUCCCGGUGGCCGACUGGAUGUAUUCCAUGUGGCACUACUCGCACCCGCCACUGCUGGAGCGUCUCAGAGCGCUGGGCAACGUCAAGCAGGACUGACGGGGCUGCGAGGGGGAGCGGCGAGUUCUGCCUCCUCCUUUCAAGGGCCUCCGCAGACCUCUCCUGACCCUGUAACGCAUCCUGUUUGUCUCUUCCUUACUUUGAUUUAGUACUUUCAUUUAAUGGCAGUAUCUGUGUUCUUUUCUUUGUUUCAAACAACAACAGCACAAUGCAGCCUGAAUAUCUCGUUUGUGGGUGUUGUACACGAGCCUUUGUCAGCUAGGUGUGCCAAAUGACAUAUUGUACAACAUACCAAACAUUACAUAUGUUCUGAGGGUGCACCUACUUGCUUCUGGUGCCACAAUUUGUGUUCCAAAUCAACAACGGUAAUAAUACUGAAACAUUGGGCCGUACCAAAAUCUGCCUCCUAACUGUUCUGAUACUUGACCCUGUUGGAGACACAGCAGUGCUGCAAUUUUAAUUUGGAGUAGAUUUUGUUUAAUUUUUUUUUUAUGUGUGACGGGGUCUGUUCAUGCACCUGUUUGCUAAUUGGGGUCCAAUAUACAUGUACAUGUGACUAGCAUAAUGACAAGGGUGGAAAAAACAUUGAAUGUGGUUUACAGUUUUAAGUUGAUAGUUCCUACAUUUGAUUUCGGGAGGCUGGAUUAAGCCCAGUGUUGCAUGGCAAUGUAUUUAUAGGCAGGGAGGGACUGGGAAGUUCCUUGUUGAGACAUUGCAUAACUUUCUUUGCUGAAUAAAAUUAUUCCAUUUGUCCACA